UAUUUUUGACUUCAUUAUUUUUACUCAAUUUAAAAAGUAAUGUAUUUUUAAUAGUUGCUUCAUUUUUGUAUUAAAUUUUUCUUAUUUUUCCUAAAUUUUCUACUUUUUUGAGUGACUUUCAAAAUCCAUAAGCUGAAGAAUUUUGCAAAUCUGAUCAGUGUUUGGCAGUGACUCCGCCAGCAAUCGCUGCUUCUCUGAGAAUUUCAAGAUUUUCAGAGCAAAACGCUGCGAACUCUUUCGGUGGUUAAAUACUGUAAUGUUAACAUCAGAUUGGUGUAAGUUGCCAGUGGAACUUUUGGGGUUAAUUGCUAGUCGGCUGCAUUUUGCUGAAGACUGGGUACGCUUUGGUGCAGUCUGUAAAUCAUGGAGAAUUUGUGUAAAACAAAAUGGCAAUUCUUCAUGCUCAUUCCUUCCUUGGCUGAUGCUUCCUCAGAGGAAAGAUGAAAUCUUGCGCAGAUUUUAUAGUCCUUUCAACUGUAAGAGUUAUGAUAUAUGUUUGCCAGAUGUUCUAGAUAAACGCUGUUGGGGUUCUUCUCAUGGCUGGUUGGUCACUCUAGGUGCCAAUUUUGAGAUGCACUUACUGAAUCCAUUAUCAGGGGGCCAAAUCUCACUCCCGCCACUGCAUAAAUGCCCUAAUUUGAAUCUGAUCUGUACAGGAAAGAGCUUUCGUGACUCGUUUGUUUACAAAGUUAUCUUGUCUGCUAGUCCGUCUUCAUCAGAUUGUGUUCUUUUUGCCAUCUAUUCUGAUAAUUGGAAGAUGGCAUUUACAAAGCCAGGUGAUGUUGCUUGGACUCCUUUGAGUUGCAUCCAUGGCCAUGUUGAUGAUGCCAUGUGUCACGAUGGGAAGUUUUAUGCCAUCGACACUUUUGGUGAAAUUCUGAUAUGGGACUUAACCGGCUCUUUGUUGGAGAGGAUAGCCUUCCCAGCAUCUCGCGAUUUGGAUAACUUGGUGUAUGCUACUACAUAUCUUGUCGAGGUAAAUGGUCAAAUAUAUGCCAUAAUGAGGCUUUUGUUUGAUACAAGAAUCAUCGAUACUCCUUGUCUAAACACUUGGUGUUUCAAAAUUUACAAGUUGGAUAUCUGCAACGAAAAGUGUGAAGAAGUGAAAUCGUUGGGUGAUUGGUCUAUUUUUGUAGGAAACAAUCAUUCCUUCUCAAUCCCCUCCUCUACAUACCCAGAAUGUGAGAGCAACUGCAUAUACUUCACAGAUGACUUCUCCGGUGUCCAUUACAGUGCAGUACAUGGCUACGAUAUGGGUAUUUACCGCGUUCAGAAUCUCAGGGUACAGCCUCUUCUUCAGCAAGAUGUAUCCGACUCUGCAUUCUCGCUGCCACUGUGGAUAAUACCAUGUUUUUCAUAAGGUAUUUUUCAGUAGGGUGAGACGAUAAUCAUGUACUCGAUUUUCUGUUAAAUCAUGAGAUAUUUCACUAAGCUAUAUUGCUUUUAGCAAUAUGUAGUUUGCAUUAUGAGCAAAUGUUUGUUAUGUUUUGAAUUUGGACCUGUUGCUUUUUUGUCAAUGGAGAACUACAGGAAUGACCAUAUUUUGGUA